AAAUCGAGUAUGUUAGUGAAAAACCCUAGAUCGUAAAACCCCCAGCGUCUCGUUUAGCUCACGCUCGCUUCUCUGUUUUUGGAGCUUCCGCGGUGCAGCAGGAAAGAACGGAAGGGAAAAAAAAUGGAGGCAGCGAGGAAAGUGAAGGACGUCUCUCCUCAUGAGUUCGUCAAGGCCUACGCCGCUCACCUCAAACGCUCUGGCAAGGUGGAGCUUCCUCCAUGGACUGAUAUUGUUAAGACUGGCAAACUGAAGGAACUUGCUCCAUAUGACCCUGACUGGUAUUAUAUAAGGGCUGCUUCUAUGGCAAGGAAAAUAUAUUUGAGGGGGGGUCUAGGUGUUGGUGCCUUCAAGAGGAUAUAUGGAGGGAGCAAAAGGAAUGGCAGUCGCCCACCACAUUUCUGCAAGAGCAGUGGUUCUAUUGCUCGUCACAUUCUUCAACAAUUGCAGAACAUGAACAUCAUUGACCUUGACCUGAAGGGUGGGAGAAAAAUUACAUCCAGUGGCCAGCGGGAUCUUGACCAAGUCGCUGGACGAAUUGCAAUUGCUUGCUGAGAGGUUAGUUUGGGCUUUGCUAAGGAGGGGGAACAGAUCAGAACUAUUUGGAAACUAGUUGCUUGAAUGAGAGUAGAUAUAGAGAAGAUUAUUAAUUCAUUGUCUUGUUUUUUCUGACGCUUUUCUUUCAGUGAACAUGUCUCUGUAUUGCAUGUGCUAGUUGUUGACUGCGGCUUCUAAUUUCAUGUCAUGAAUUUUGAAACUCA